GUGGGCGAACGGCGAGUUUGAAGGAAGGACAGGAUGAGAAACGAGCGUGAAGAAAUGAAGCAAGAUCUAACGGUCACGGGGUGUCCUCUCUCUUCGAUGCGAUGAAUGGUGUCUCCAGAAUUCUCAGUCCACGUCCAUUCCUCUUUCAUCGAGUAUCGAGUCGAAAACUGGCAUAUUUCUCGUGAUGGGACGGGCAAACGAGUCAUGGGGGCUACGACCUGGACUUGGUACCACCCCUUCAUAGCCCUCGCUGUAGCCGUGAUAUGGCCUUAUGUCAGAGACGAUUCACUCAAACUAUUGGCUCUCACAUUAGGAGUGAUGCUGCUAAUCUACCGGAUGUGUACCCAAGUUCUCUUUGAAUCCGUCAUUGUUGUCAAAUCGCAUGGAAUACAACUGGAGACGCAUAGAGGGAUGCCCGGUCUGCCUCCGUUGGCUGUCCGACGUCGCUUCUUGCCCUUCUCUUCGCUUCAAGACUUUGUCAUACACGAAGGACUGAGCGGAUGGAAUGUGAGGUAUUACCUUGCUGCGAUCGUGAAGACGGAUGCGGAUGAUUACAAAGUAGAUGUUGCGUUCGAGAAUAUACUACCCCAUUUUCCAAUACUCCGCGAAGUCUAUCUUGGAGUUCAAGACGAGCUGCCAGCUUAGAUAGAUUGUCCGUGUAGAUAUACUAAUACCACGGAGAAAUAGAUUACUCGAUAACACCGUCCUCACUCUCGUACGCGCUCAGAAAUUCGUCCAAUCCGCCCUCAUCCUCAACAUCCCCCUCGUUAGCGACGCUGUCGCGUUGACUCCUGGAAGCUUUGAUAGUUCCAGUUGACACUUUUCUCGUCCUUCCCGAGUUCUUGCGUGUUCUGCUGCCGUCCUGAUUGUCUAUGGUAUCCCCCGUGGAAGACUUCCUCCUCCCCCCGCGCAUGAGAGUACCAGCCCCAUUCACACCGUCAGUGUCUGCUUCGAAAGUCGCUGCUUUCGGUGUCGUGGCUUCAGUGAUGUCGUCUAGUCGAUCGAUGACCAUGAGAUUAGGACGAGACAGAUCUUCUGUUUUGAUGUUGGAUGGUCGAGAAGCAUAUCUUUUGGACCGUAUUCUUGGGCUGACCGGAGGCGGCGCGGCCUCUGAAUCAGUGGUGUCGUCCACUUGCAGGGACAGGCCUAACACGUUUGGUGCCGUCGAGAGGUGCUCAGAGAUAAUCGGAGUUGUUGGGCCGGGAGGGCUAGCCAAACGUUCUGGAGAUGUGCUGGCCGACGAGCCUUGGGACGUCGGACGAAUGCGAGAUAUCGGUGCCAUUGGAGAGAUGGACCGGCGGUUGAGCGCCACUCGGCCGCCCAAGUCGACGCUCCCAUUGCCCUUCCAUCCAGGUGACAAAGACGACGCAGAGGACUGCGAAUCUCGGUGGAGAUGGUGAACCUUACCUCUUGGGACAUGCUGCCAUUGACUUGUGCCAUCAGAAGAUUCCCUUCGAGGAUGCGCAGUCAUAAGCGUCGAUGAGCUGAGCAAUAACGGUUUCGGUCCAGACUUGGGUGGUGGUAGUGGUGCAGCGAGCGGUGGGCUCUGAGGUCGAGUCAACGCCGACAACGUUUCCUGCAGAUUCCGAGCCCGACCGAACAGUCCGCCGUCUGACUGUGGAGACCAGGGUGGAGUUCCCGGAGGCGAAGAUGGUGCUGGCGCCGGCGGCGCGGGUCCCAUGAAGCUGUCUCUCGGAGGCCGAAAGAACGAAGGUCGCUGGGGCGGAGAAUACGACGGCUCCGCGGACAUCGACAGUCCAACCUCAGGAUUGAGAUGGGUCGAUUGUUGCGGUGGGCUGGCCGGUGACCUCUGAGGUGAGGUCCAUGACGUCAACAUGGCUUUCGCGCGCCAGUUGCUGCUUGCUUUAGCCAAAGCGGCUACAGUAUCAGAAUCUUUGAGCUUCUCGGCAUAGUUCCAGAGACUUGUUGUCGCAGUCGCAGCUGGAUCUCUCGCAGGCUCUGCCUCUUUGGUUGAAUGCCAGGGUGAACCAAUGGGCGAAGGCAAAGGCGAAGGAACCAUGGGUGACAUGGGUGUCGGAGGCGGCUCCAUAGAGCUUUGAUUUGUGAUGCCGCGCCAGACUGUGCUGGCGAGUCUAGCUGUGAUCCCAGUGCCCAUUUCUUCAGCUUCCGUUAUCUGAUUGCUGCUGGACGUCUCCUCUUCUCGAGUGUCCUCUGAUUCCGGAGGAGAGACGUCCGGAGAAGGCAUCUGAUUGGUGAACCCUCUCCACAUCGUCUGUCGAAAACGUGCCGAAAGCGUCAGGGAGUCGGGCUUGAUUUGCCUUUGCUCGGUCUCUCGACGAUGCAGGAGAUCGGCUGCGGUCUGCAUCAGUCGGUCAAUGCCGCCAGCUGCUUCGAUCGGAUAGUCCUGGAGCAGAGACAUGCCCUCCAUGAAUGCAUCGCCAAAUUCCCGUGCUCUGAGGGGCGAUGGCGGUGGAAUUGUUGCGCUUUC